GAGAGAGAGAGAGAGAGAGAGAGAGAGAUAGUGAGAGAGAGAAGCUUUCGGGAAAGUUCCCUUUUUGGGAUGACAAAAAGAUGUUUGUUUCCUCCUUUUUCCUUCCUUUUCCUUCCCCAAUAAUUGAAGGUCAGUCACCUGUUUUGGGAGUGUUUGUUUUCUGCCCUUAACGUGAUGUUGCAUUCAAGCUGGAAAGUGUCUCUUACAAGCAGCAAGUACAUUUGGACCCCGAACAUUUGCUUCAAGGAUGCAUUACUAUUUGAAUCCUUAUCAGAGUUUUUUUGCCCGGACUGAAGCUGUUUCAGGACAGUAUUACAUGUCAUCGCAGACCCAAUUGUUUGCGGUAGAAUGUCUAUUCAGCGUACAUUGCUUCGUUCAAGUCAAUCCAAGCAUCGCUGAAACGUAUUUGAGAAACUCAUAUUUACAACCAACGCGUGUUCCUUUUUCCAAUUAGAACAAGCUUUGGGGUGCUUAGACUUCCGUCGCGCGGGUACCACUGUCUACGAGAAAAGCCACCCAUGCACCCAUUCAAACGAACUGCGAUAAAUCGAAAUGUUACCAUUUUUAAGCACUCCACUCGACUUGGAACCUUUCGAACAACCAUUUUCCACUCAUCGCAUGACACACCAAAAACACCAAACAGAAAAUGGCAAUCGAUUUUCCCUCGUGCCGAUCGCGCGCGCUCUCCGGCGCUUUUAUUUUUCCUCUCCUCGUGCUUACCACACACACGCACACACGUUUGUGUCUGUGUGUUCUUGCUGCUUUCUCGGCUGUCGGCGGAGUUUCUCGGGUUUCCGUUGCGCCGUCGUCGUCGUCGUCGGUUUUCACGAGCCAGCAGCCAGCAACGGCAGCAGCAGCUUGUCCCUCCAGUUCGCUAUGUAGUGUGGUUCGGUUCACACGAAACCAGCACGGACCGCACGGGUGGUUUGUGUGUGUGUGUUGUUUGUUUCAUUCCUCACACCCGUUUCGAUCCCUUCCACCGCCCAUACAGGUGCACAGCAGGUGGACGGAAGCCCAGAGACAUUUUCCGGGCAAAAAAAGUUUAAAGCAAACCGUGCGUGUGUGUGUGUGUGUGUGUGUGCCACACAAACAAUUGAAGUUGGAAGCACCAUUAGAAGAAAAAAUUGAAGAGUGAAAAACACGUUUCAAAAGAAGUGAUUGCAGCAUCAAGAAGAAGAAGCAGUGUGUUUGUGUGUGUAUGUUUUUUUUGUAUGUGAGUGUGUGCGGGUUUUCCGCCGCUGCGGACGAUUCUUGCGAAAAGCUCUCGGGAAAAGCACAACAACAGGGAAAAGCAUAACAACAACAACAGUGAAAGGAAAUCGUCCGUGCACGUGUGUGUGUGCGUAAAGUGUCCUAAAUAUAGCCGCGCAGUGUGUGUGUGUGCGCGCGCGUGCGAACCUCUGUGUGUAUGUGCGCGUUGAGGAGACGCAGCCCCACACCACAACAACGACCACCGCGCCCACCGCCCAUCGCGAGCGAACGGGGGCAACAACACUGUUAAGCGGCCAACACACACUCCCCGCCCCUUUCCACCCUUUCCAGUAGCAUACACACAGCCGCGUGUAGACAGCAAAGCAGCCAGGAUGUCGGGCGUGCGGGAGAUACCGGCGGAGGACAGCAUCAAGGUGGUGUGCCGCUUCCGCCCGCUCAACGACAGCGAGGAGCUCGCGGGCUCCAAGUUCGUCGUCAAGUUCCCGUCCGGGCCGGAGGAAAACUGUCUCUCGAUCGGGGGCAAGGUGUACCUGUUCGACAAAGUGUUCAAGCCGAACGCGACACAGGAGAAGGUGUACAAUGAGGCGGCGAAAUCGAUCGUAUCGGACGUGCUGGCCGGCUACAACGGCACGAUCUUCGCCUACGGCCAAACGUCGUCCGGCAAGACGCACACGAUGGAGGGCGUGAUCGGCGACCCGGCCAAGCAGGGCAUCAUACCGCGCAUCGUGAACGACAUCUUCAACCACAUCUACACGAUGGAGAUGAACAUCGAGUUCCACAUCAAGGUGUCGUACUACGAGAUCUACAUGGACAAGAUCCGCGACCUGCUGGACGUGUCGAAGGUCAACCUGAGCGUGCACGAGGACAAGAACCGGGUGCCGUACGUGAAGGGCGCGUCCGAGCGGUUCGUCUCGAGCCCGGAGGAGGUGUUCGAGGUGAUCGAGGAGGGCAAAUCGAACCGGCACAUCGCGGUGACGAACAUGAACGAGCACUCGUCCCGCUCCCACUCGGUCUUUCUGAUCAACGUCAAGCAGGAGAACAUGGAGAACGAGAAGAAGCUGUCCGGCAAGCUGUACCUGGUCGAUCUGGCCGGCUCGGAGAAGGUGUCGAAGACCGGCGCGGAGGGCACGGUACUGGACGAGGCGAAGAACAUCAACAAAUCGCUGUCCGCGCUCGGCAACGUCAUCUCGGCGCUGGCGGACGGCAACAAGACCCACAUCCCGUACCGCGACUCGAAGCUGACCCGCAUCCUGCAGGAGUCGCUCGGUGGCAAUGCGCGCACCACGAUCGUCAUCUGCUGCUCGCCCGCCAGCUUCAACGAGUCGGAAACGAAGUCGACGCUCGAUUUCGGCCGCAGAGCCAAGACGGUGAAGAACGUGGUGUGCGUGAACGAGGAGCUGACCGCGGAGGAGUGGAAGCGGCGGUACGAGCGGGAGAAGGAGAAGAACACGAAGCUGAAGGGCAAGAUCGAGAAGCUCGAGGCGGAGCUGGCCCGGUGGCGGGCGGGCGAAACGGUCAACGUGGAGGAGCAGCUCGACCUGCAGCAGGACGCGAUGGAGGCGAGCACGCCGAACGUGGAAGUGCUGCUCGCACAGCCGGCCGAUCUGCCGGUGCCGGCGACACCGGGCGGCGGCGGCCUGCCCCUGUCGGCCGAGCGCGACACGCUCGAGGUCGAGCGGGAGCGCCUGUACCAGCAGCUGGACGAGAAGGACGAGGAGAUCAACCAGCAGUCGCAGUACGUGGAGAAGCUGAAGGAGCAGAUCAUCGACCAGGAGGAGCUGAUCGCGAACACGCGCCGCGACUACGAGAACCUCCAGUCGGAGAUGACGCGCAUCCAGCAGGAGAACGAGAACGCGAAGGAGGAGGUGAAGGAGGUGCUGCAGGCGCUCGAGGAGCUCGCGGUCAACUACGACCAGAAGUCGCAGGAGAUCGAGCUGAAGAACAAGGAGAUCGACAUGGUGAACGACGAGCUGCUGCAGAAGCAGACCACGCUGAACAGCGUCCAGUCGGAGCUGCAGCAGCUGAAGGACAUGUCGUCCCAUCAGAAGAAGCGCAUCAACGAGAUGCUGACCAACCUGCUGCGCGACCUGUCCGAGGUCGGGCAGGCGCUCGCCGCCGACCAGAACGAGAUGAAGAUGAACGUGGAGGCGUCGGCGGGCAAGGUCGAGGAGGAGUUCACCGUCGCCCGGCUGUACAUCAGCAAGAUGAAGUCGGAGGCGAAGAACCUGUCCGCCCGGUGCGCCAACCUCGAGACGCUGCAGCAGGACACCUGCCGGAAGGUGGGCGACUACGAGAAGGAUCUGAGCGAGUGCCGGCUGCUGAUCUCGCAGCACGAGGCGCGCAUGAAGUCGCUGCAGGAGUCGAUGCGCGAGGCGGAGAACAAGAAGCGCACGCUCGAGGAGAACAUCGACGCGCUGCGGGAGGAGUGCGCCAAGCUGAAGGCGGCCGAGCAGGUGUCGGCGGUGAACGCGGAGGAGAAGCAGCGGGCCGACCAGCUGAAGGUGGCGUUCGAGAGCCAGAUGGACCAGCUGCGCGACGUCCACACCAAGCAGGUGUCGGCGCUGCGCGACGAAAUCUCCGAAAAGCAGGAGCUGAUCAACGAACUGAAGGACACCAACCAAAAGCUGACGCUUGCCCACCAGCAGAUGACGGCGGACUACGAGAAGCUGAAGCAGGAGGAGCAGGAAAAGUCGGCCAAGCUGCAGACGCUUAUGCUUACCGACGAGCGACGCGAACAGGCCCGCAAGGAUCUCAAGGGGCUGGAGGAUACGGUGGCCAAGGAGCUCCAGUCGCUGCACGCGCUGCGCAAGCUGUUCGUGCUCGACCUGCAGGCCCGCAUCAAGAAGUCGCUCAACUCGGAGGACACCGAGGACGACGGCGGCUCGCUCGCCCAGAAGCAGAAGAUUUCCUUCCUCGAGAACAACCUCGAGCAGCUGACGAAGGUGCACAAGCAGCUCGUGCGGGAUAAUGCGGACCUGCGGUGCGAGCUGCCCAAGCUCGAGAAGCGCCUGCGGACCACGGUCGAGCGGGUGAAGGCGCUCGAGACGGCGCUGAAGGAGGCGAAGGAGGGUGCGAUGCGCGACCGGAAGCGCUACCAGUACGAGGUGGACCGCAUCAAGGAGGCGGUGCGCCAGAAGAAUUUGGCCCGCCGCGGACCGCAAGCACAAAUCGCUAAACCUAUUCGAGCCGGCCAGGGGCAAUAUCUGUUCAAGAGUGGCGGUACGGGUGCGGCCACCGCGGCACCAGGCGGCGGCACCGCCAUCACGCCGAAGGCAAUGGCGGACGAGAAGCGAAAGUCCCAGAUUAAGGAUAUGGACAGUUGAAUGCAUUUUGGCGAGUAGCGAACAAAAUGCGCGGGCGGGUUUAGUAGCAGUGGAUAAAAGCGUCAAAUGAUGGAGCGAAAGCAGCAAAUGCACCAACAACAACAGCAACAACAGCAAAUGCCGCCGCGGAAGAACUAGAGACGGAGAAGAGAGAGACACACACACACAGAUUCAUUACACACAUUCGUGCAAAAUCGGUAUCUAGGAAGCUAUUACAACGUGCGACAGGAAAGCAGGCCCCCUCCCUCGCCCCACCAAAGCUCAUUUAUGGACAUACUGACAGACACACGUACACACGUACACACGUACACACACACACACACACACACACACACACACACACACACACACACACACACACACACACACACACACACACACACACUAUGAAAUCACCGUUAGGCUCUUUCUCUCUAGCUCUCUCUCGCGUGUGCCGGUCCCACAUUUAUUUAGGUUUGAAAUUUAUGCUCAAUAUCCCCUCUUCCCCUUUCUUUUUCAUGGCGUUUAAUUAACAACACCACCACCCCAACAUAGAGACAGAAUAGCGAAAUUGUAAAGAUAUCUACUAUUAUGUUCUGUAUGCGUGCUACAUUAUUAUUAUUAUUAUUAUUAUUGUAUUUUUAUUAUUAUUAUUCUUAUUCUUAUACCUUAAUAACGUAAUUUUUUUGUCAUUCGUUUAAGCCAGUAGCAAAAAGAGAAGAGCAAUGUGUGAGACAGAGAGAGAGAGAGAAAGAGAGAAAGAAAAGAAAAGAAGCAGGGUAGCAACAAACAUACAUACACACACACACCUACACAACACCGAUUAACAGAACGAGAUAAUUAGAAUGAGUGUGGACAGGGAAGGAACACAGCAGGGCUCGCGCCUAGGUAAACGGCAAAGGCUUGUGAGACGAUAGAAAACAAAAACUGGGUGGGCUAUAAACAAGAAGGUGGGGAAGUAAAUAUUGUGCUUAUCGCUUUGAGUAAGUUUAAAAACAGAAAAGAAAAGAAAACGAAGAAGAGGAAAAAAAGUAAACAGAAAAAAAAACCACUUUAUAACAAUUUAACGCUAACUAUACUUGUGAUGGCUGCCAAUAUAUACCGCGCGCUACUACGAUAGGAUGGGAGCAGGCAGGGGGAGGAGGGGGUUUAUUAUUAUUUUUUGGAGAGAAAGUGCAAUAGGAUAUCGUGAAUCAUCAUUCCUCCUUAUUUACGUUCUUUUUUUCUUCUUCUUCUUAAAUGUAUCUAUCUCUCCCGCACGCAUGCAUACGUACACACACGGCCACAAAUUCAUAUAAACAGUCCACCUUUUUGUUUGUGAUCUCGUUCAGUCAAUGGUAUGCUGCUAGUUAAAGACAAAAACCACAUGCUCUUGCCGGUAAAGGGAAACAACAAAAAAAUUGAACAAAAAGCGAAGUAUAAUUACAGCGAGAGGGCCAGAUAGAGAGAGAGAGAGACUGGAGGGAAUUCAGAUUGAUAGAAGGUGCGUUAGAAAACAGAGUAUAUUAGGUGGAGGGCAAAGCAUCCCCUUCGAGGUGUCUCCAUUUCUUCUCCAGAUAUAAACACACACACAUCCAACAGCUCUUAAAUGGGCGCACUUUUCCCAGCGUGGGUUUGUGUGUGUGUAUUGAGCUGAGUGUUUUUUUUUUUUUAAUCCUUUUAACACCGAUCAAUGUCUUGUUGUGUCGCUUCGCAAACGGAAAACAAAACCCGGCGCGCUCUGUCUAAAAUGUUUGCACGAGGAGCUAAUAUAUGGGCUAAAGUGGGCUAAAAUCUAGGGAGUAACAAAGCAAAUUGAAAGUUAGAAAAAUUGACUUGCCACACACACAUACAUUUAUAUCUUCUACAUACAGACCACAAUCAGUCUGGUGGUGUGGUGUGGGUGGUGCUUUGAUCCGACUAAAAAGCGAUUAAAAAGAUUUACAACAAAAAAGCCGAGGGGAGAAACAUGGAGGCAACCCCCUUCCCACUCUUCCCCUACCGCGGCGAUGGAUAUGAUCCAUUCCCGAGGGGAAGUUGUGGGUGGGCUUGGAAAUCCAGAAAGAAAAUCCCUGUGCGCGUUUGGGUGCUUAUAGGAUGAAGCAGAGAGAGAGAGAGAAAGAAAAAGAAAAAGAGAUAGAGAGAGAGAGAGAGAGAGAGAGAGAGAGAGAAGAAAAACAGGAAAAACCAACAACACAAACACACACACACACGUCAUGUAAUCACACACGCUUUUCAAGCCGUUGCUGCUGUCGCCGCCGCCACCGCCGCCGCCCAGCAUCCCACAAAAUUAUUCAGGGGCGCGGCCCAGACGAGGUCGAACGGUUGUUGUGUGGGCAGGGGGAGGGGUUUGGGAGGACGGCUGGGGGAAGGAUUGGCCUGCGAUAAAUUGCGCUAAUAAACCUUAUUCUAACAUUGCAACCUUUGAUGUAGCUCCAGAACCAUCCCCCUCCCCCCCCGCUCCUUCCCCUCCUCUCGCUCGAGUCUCUGUCCGGGGGCCUCCAAUCCCGAUCGCCCGACCGCUCCCAGGACUUUUUGAAUUGCUGCUUAUUUUAGUGAUCAAACAAAAAUAUACAACUGAUGGUAAAACAAGACAAAAAAGGCAAGCCAA